GUCUUGGGGUCGUUCCCCCCGUUCACUCAAUCACUUGAAUCCCUUGAUCACUUGAAUCACUUGAUCAGUCAGUGAGUGAGUGAGGAUGUCAGACACGGUGGAUGGCGGUGAGGGUGCCCCGCCCACGGUGGACGCAGCCCAGCGGGCGGCUGCCCUGGCGGCCAAGCUCCGCGGGAACGAGGCUUACAAGAAGAAGGACCUGGACACGGCCUGGGGCGAGUACACCACGGCCGUGUCCUUGGACCCCACGGACAUGACGUUCGUGUCCAACUUGGCGGCCGUCCAGUUCGAGCGCAAGGACUACCCGGCCUGCGUGGCCGAGUGCCAGCGCGCCCUCCAAGUGGGCCGGGAGCAUCGGGCCGAUUUCAAGCUCAUGGCCAAGGCCUGGGCCCGGCUGGGCAAUGCGGCCAAGCGCCUGGGCCAGCUGGACACGGCCAAGAUGGCCUUUGAGAAGGCGCUGACCGAGCACCGCACGCCCGACUACCGAACCUCCCUCUCCGAGAUCGAGAGUCUGAUCAAGAAGAAGAAUGAGCAAGACUACAUCAAUCCCGAGUUGGCGGAGGAGGAGAAGCAGGCCGGCAACGCCUGCUUCAAGAGCGGCGACUUCUCCGGCGCGGUCAAGCGCUACUCCGAGGCCAUUCGGCGCAACCCUUCCGACUCGAAGAUCUACAGCAACCGAGCGGCUUGUUACACCAAACUCAUGUCCUUCGACCUGGCCCUCAAGGACUGCGAGAAGGCCAUCGAGUUGGAUCCGCAGUUCAUCAAAGCGUUCCUCCGCAAAGCCAUGGUCCACAAAGGCAUGGGCCAGACGUCCAAGGCCCAGGCCACCUACGAGAAAGCCCUGGAGCUGGAUCCCAAUUGCACCGAGGCCAUGGAAGGUUACCGGAGCUGCGCUAUGCAGUCCCACACGGAUCCAGAGGAGGUGCGGAAACGCGCCAUGAACGACCCGGAAGUCCAGCGCAUCCUUAACGACCCGGCCAUGCGCAUGAUCCUGGAGCAGAUGCAAAGUGAUCCCAAUGCCAUUCAGGACCAUCUCAAGAACCCUGCCAUUGCUGAGAAGUUUAUGAAGCUGAGAGAGGCCGGACUCAUUCAAGUGGCCUACAAGUGAGGCGAGGCAUUCAUAUAAUCAGGUCCGCCCUGCUGGAUCCUCAGAUUCGGCCGUGAUUCUCGUCAUCAUCGAGGGGAGAAGGAAAGUAAGUAGGGAAACAUCAACCACAUCCAUCCUUGAACUCCUCUCCUCUCGAAAAAAAAAAACAACCAGACCAUUGUGCACUUGAGUGUAAUAAUACUAUGUAUAUGAUGAUAUAAAAGGUGUGUGACGACCGUGCCCACCCCCCACACUGGGACUCAGUCUCCCUGGGGCGAGUGUAACAGGCCCCACUGUGCCGCCAUCACCAUCUUAUAAUUCCUUUGAAUACAAGAAUAAAAGCUUGUUUUAGGCAAACCGAACGAA